AUGAAACUCUCUUGGCUUCUGGGUUUGGCUGCGGCGGCGGGCUCCUUCAUUGGAGUCUUCGCAGCGUCGGUGAAAAGCGUGCCUCGACAAGCCCAAACCCGAUUUGACAGUCAGAAAAACGACAAAAUAAAGGUUGACAUCAUGUAUGAGUCCAUGUGUCCUUUCUGUCAGAGACUUCUAACUAAGCAACUGCCACACAUUAUGAAGAGUGAUCUUGCUGACUACAUCGAUCUACGUCUGUAUCCGUAUGGCAACGCAGUCGAACACGGCGACCAGAUCGAAUGUCAACAUGGCCCUGAGGAGUGUCACCUGAAUAAGGUGUCAGCGUGUGCAAUCAGGGAACUGCACACGGAUCCUUCGCAGAUCACGAACGUUCUCACAUGUCUUGAGAGCAUCAAAGGAAGUCCCGAUACCGAAUGGAGGCAAUGCCUGACUGAAGCCGGUGAUAAGAAAGCAGCGAUACAAGGUAAACGGUGGCUUCUUAUUCCAUCUUAA